AAUGCUUAUGAACCCACAUCCAAAAUAUGAGAUGAAAUUGACCCAAAAUACGUAAAAUGCAAUUAAUAUAUACACACACACAAUGAUAUUUAUAUUAUAAUAUAUACACACACGAGCAUACCAUCAAACCUACUGUUCUGUGAGGUGACAUUGAUCUCAGAUAGCUAAUAAAAGUCCCUUUCAUGAAACUGUUCUCUUAGAGGCGACGGCAACCCAAAGCAUUAGCGGCAAAAAAAGCUUCCGUUCUGAAAAGGGUUUUUACAGAACGCUCUAAGCUUCAUCAAUGGCGUCCAGAUUGGUUUGGGCUUCAAGAGCUGCUUCUUAUCUUAGAAUCUCAAUUCCCUUCAGAGGAUUUGCUUCUGUUGUGAAGGACUUGAAAUAUGCUACCUCUCAUGAAUGGGUGAAAGUAGAAGGGGACAAAGCAACUGUUGGCAUAACUGAUCAUGCUCAAGAUCAUUUGGGUGAUGUUGUCUAUGUAGAAUUACCAGAAGUUGGAACCUCUGUUAAACAGGAUGGCAGUUUCGGUGCGGUAGAAAGUGUUAAAGCUACCAGUGAUAUCAACUCUCCAGUGUCGGGGAAAAUCAUUGAGGUCAAUGAAGAGCUCAGCAGCUCCCCUGGUCUGGUGAACUCAAGCCCAUAUGAAAAUGGAUGGAUUAUUAAGGUGGAGGUUAGUGACAGUGGUGAACUGAAAAACUUGAUGGACUCUGAGCAAUACUCCAAGUUUUGUGAAGAAGAAGAUUCAAAGCAUUGAGUGUUCAUAGAGAUGUUUGAAGAAGUGAGCAGCUGGGAGAGACAACUCUGCAUCAGAUCAGUUGUUUCCUUCUGUGGGUUAGCCACAGAUUGCACAUCUUUCUUCCUUUUUCUUUUUCUUUCUGUUUUCUGGAUUCUCUGUCCUUUGUAAGACUCGCUAAAUUGGUGGAAUUUUUCCCACUCAGAUGAAUAAUUUAAUCUCUUUGAAUCUCCAA